AUGCAUACACUCCUGGAACUCCCUUAUGGUUUUAUCAAUGUUCACCUCAACAAAGAGUUUGUCUCCAAGCUGCUGACUGAUCUCCUUGUAAAUGGAGUUCAACCUCCCUUGGUAGGACCAAAGAGAAAGGUGGUGGUUGAUUUCUCCUCUCCAAAUAUUGCCAAAGAGAUGCAUGUGGGCCAUCUGCGAUCAACCAUCAUUGGAGACAGCAUGUGCCGCUUGUUUGAGUUUGUGGGUUAUGACGUUUUAAGGCUAAAUCAUGUUGGUGACUGGGGGACACAAUUUGGUAUGUUGAUUGCACACUUGCAGGAUAAGUUUCCAGAUUACCUGGUUGUUUCCCCUCCAAUUGGAGAUCUUCAGGCCUUCUAUAAAGAAUCCAAAAAGAGAUUUGAUGAAGAGGAAGCCUUUAAGAAACGGGCGUAUGAGUGUGUAGUACAACUGCAGAGCCACAAUCCAGAAAUUAUUAAGGCUUGGAAUCUGAUCUGUGAUGUUUCUCGGAAGGAAUUCCAGAAAAUUUAUGACUGCCUGGAUAUACAACUGAUUGAAAGGGGAGAAUCAUUCUAUCAAGAUAUGAUGGUUGACGUUGUUAAAUUGUUUGAGGAGAAAGGUAUGACCCAACUCGAUGAAGGCCGAAAGAUUGUUUUUCCACCAGGAUGUUCACUGCCUCUGACAAUAGAAAAAUCAGAUGGAGGCUACACUUAUGACACCUCUGACUUAGCAGCUCUGCGACAGAGGAUUUUUGAUGAGAAAGCUGAUAUGAUUAUCUAUGUUGUGGAUAGCGGGCAGAGUGUCCAUUUUCAGACUAUCUUUGCCGCAGCCCAGAUGAUUGGCUGGUAUGAUCCCAAAAAGAUCAGAGUGGAACACACUGGAUUUGGUGUGGUCUUAGGCGAAGAUAAAAAGAAGUUCAAGACAAGGUCAGGCGAAACUGUGCGAUUGAUUGACCUACUGAAUGAGGGUCUGAAAAGAUCAAUGGAAAAACUGUUGGCAAAGGAACGAGACAAGGUAGACUUUUAGUUGUACUGGAGUCUU